GGCCAACUUUAGAAUUUUUAUUUUAUUUUUCAGCGCUUUUCCAUUUUCUAACAGCAAGCUAAGCCAAAAGCCGUUGUUAUUUCUUGCUGAGAAAGCUUGUGAAAGUCAACGCAACAAGCUGUGCACCCCCUCUUCCGUCUCUCUCCACAAACACAAAAGACGACUUGUACCCCAACCACCCCCUUCUGCUUUUCUUCCUUUAUACUUUUGUUUUCCAUCUUCCUCGCCUCUGUUCCUCCUUCAUCUUCUCCUCUUCUUCUAUUUCUUUCCCACAUACAACAAGAAGAAACACAACCCUACCGUCCACACACCAUGUCCGCCCUCUACGCCGUCCGCGAGUCCAUCGUCGGCAAGUCCAUCCGCGGCGUCAUCGGCCUCGCCCUCAACCCCAUUGUCUCUGGUGGCCUGCUCGCCUUCCUCGAAAAGGGCCCCCAGCAUGUCAUUGAGGACAUCCUCGCCCGCGCCGGCCUCCCUGCCAACUACGACCUGACCACCGUCAAGCUCGCCCUGGCCGUGCUGCUCGUCAUUGGCGGCGCCAGCGCCCUCAACAAGAAGCUCAACUCCAUGGCCGCCAACUCGUGGCGCAUCGGCGGCGCUCCCGGCUGGGACUGGCCCAAGGAGAUUGCCGUCGUCACGGGCGGCUCCAGCGGCAUUGGAUUGGCCAUUGCCCGCGAGCUGCUGACCAAGAACGUCAAGGUCGCCAUCUUUGACAUCCAGCCGCCCCCCAAGGACCUGCAGAACAACAAACUCGUCAAGUUCUACAAGUGCGAUGCCACCUCUUCGGCCUCGCUCGCCGAGGCUGCCGACGGCGUGCGCAAGGACUUUGGAAACCCCACGAUCCUCGUCAACAACGCUGGCAUUGCCAAGCCCGCCAACAUCCUGACCAUUGCCGAAAAGGACCUCGAGCGCAUCUUCCGCAUCAACACCAUGUGCCACUGGCUCACUGUCCAGCAGUUUGGCAAGGCCAUGGUUAAAGCCAACAAGGGCCACAUCAUCACCAUUGCCAGUGUCGCCUCCUUUGUCGGCAUGCCUGGCCACGCUGACUACGGCGCCACAAAGGCCUCUGCCCUCGCUUUCCACGAAGCUCUCCACGCUGAACUUGCCCACACCUACAAGGCUCCCAACGUCUUGACCACCAUUGUUCACCCCGACUUUGUCGCUACGCCGCUCCUCACCGAGUUCAAGAGCAACCUCGACAGCAACGGCAUCCGCUACAUCACCCCCGAGCAGGUCGCCCAGGUCACCUGCGCCAAUGUCUUUGGCACCAAGGGUGGCCAGGUUAUCGUCCCCGAGCAGUCUGCCGGGGCUUCGUUCCUGCGCUCGGCUCCCAACUGGCUGCAGAUUACCGUCCGCAACUUCAUGGCUGGCGCCACAAGAGACUGGACCAAGUAAAGGAGAGGGCAACGACGAUGGGCUCCGGAUGUGAUGUUAAUGAUACCAAACCAAACUCCCCGAACUAGCGUGUUUCUGUAGGAGGAUGGCACCAUCCCCGUGUACAGUUAGUAUUAGUCUAAUGUAGAAAAGACGAAAAAUAUAGACAUACAAUAA